UGGAAGAAGUACUUUCGGAUGCUAUCUCCAGUUACUCAGGAGGCUCAACACGCCUACCAGUGACACAUUUACUUUGGACACCAAACUUCGUUGUUUGUUUGUUCAAACAAACUUCAAGUAUGCCGGGGACAGCAGUGAGAGGGGAUCUGCCUCCGACCAAAACAAUAAUUGUCUACAAAAACGGAGAUGCUUUCUUUCCUGGGAGGAGAUUAGUUGUGAAUCCGCGGCAGUUGUCAACUUUUGAUAGUUUUCUGACAUUUUUGACCAGAGGGCUUGAGGCUUCUGACGCCGUCCGAAAGCUGUACACUCCCAUCGAGGGCCACAAGGUUCAGCAUUUGGACGACUUGAAGCAUGGCAGCGUGUAUGUGGCAGCCGGGAAAGAGCAGUUCAAAAAGCUAGACUAUUCUGCAAUUACAACCAAGAAGCCACAGAAUAAGAAAAGAGAACAGAUCCGACCUGUUGUUCACAGCAGUUUAGUAGUUUCUGCUCGCUGGAAGAAAGCAACUGAUGAGUCUUGCACCAUAAAUGUCUUUACCAACGGAGAGGUUUUGGUUGCUGCAGUUCGAAUUCGGAUCCCAAAGUAUACUCUUAGAAGCUGGGAACAUGUGUUAACCAUGGUGACAGAGAAAGUGCGACUUCGCACUGGUGCUGUUCACAGGCUUUGCACAUUAGGUGGGCGUCCUGUCUGCGGUCUCACUGAACUGGAGAACAACCAGUACUAUGUCGCAGUUGGUGCAGAAAAGUUUAAAGCUCUCCAAUAUGAUCACUGCAACCCCUGGAGGGAUGUUAUCAAGGACAACAACAGGAUUGAAGGCCAAAACACCCUGCCUGCUGUUGGAAAGACAAGACAUCCAAAGUUUGCUCACACAGGCUUUAGAGAGGACCUUGAGCACACAGCUAGGGGCCAGAUGAAGAAACAAGCCAAACCGGAGAGAACCAAACAACAGAGGCAGGUGUCCAGAAACCCAGUUCUCUGCUCUACAGGGGAGGGCAGUGUGUUCAAUGCACAAAACAAAAGAAGUGAGAUGGCAGGAGCAGCCGAAGUGCAGGAAGACGACCAGUUAAAGGUGGACCUGCCUAUUGAUCAGGUUGAGGCCAAGAUAGUAGACGAGGAGUACGAAGAGGGAAGUUGUUCUGCGAGUCCCUGCAAGGCCUCCCUCCAUGAUUCACACAGCUUUUGUCUGCAGAGGUCUUUGUCUGCAGCUUCCAGGAAGGAUGUAAGCACCCUAUUUAGCAGACUUUCAUCGAGGAAAGGAGAAACAAGCACAGGGAGCAGUACCGGUGCUGGAGACACAGGAUUUAAGACUCCUGAGAAUCUGGAUCUCCGGCUGUGUGGCCCUUCUUGACCUGACUCACGUGAAGAUUGAAUAUUCCCUGGAAAAAGGUUGAGUUAAUGAAGAGUAUUGAGCCGCAGCCUGAUCAAGAAGUAGGCCAGAAUGGAUGCUACUGCAGAUUAAUGAAGUACCGGAGAUAAGAGUGGAUUGAAUUUGCAUAAGAGACUCUAUAAUAAUU